CGCCUCAACCUCACCGGCCUCGGGUACUUCUCCUGCCACUCGCACACCGUCAUGCAGGGCUACGCUUACUUCUUCUUCCUCCGAAUGGAUGAGAACUACAUCCUCCUGCCACAUGGAGUCAACUUCCAGGAGGCGAUUUUCCCAGACACCAUGGAGAACAGAAGGAUGUUUGCCAGUCUUUUCCAGUUUUCUAACUGCUCGCAGGCACAGCACGUGUUGAGCUUCUCCAGUGACUGGGAGAUUCAAGAGGACAACCGG